UUCCUUUUGUGUAGGGCUGGUCCGCUGUAUACAUGGAUAUGCGGCCCCUAAUUGUUAUUUGAUUUACACAGGUACGAGAGAAAAAGAAAGAAAGCAUUUUCUCUCCCCAUUAGCACUUCUGCUUCAAAAGCCAUGAACCCGGGCUGAGUUUGGCAGCGAGUGCAUGGGGAGAGCGGCUACAUCGCAGCGGACGUGCCUGGGGAUCUGGAUGCGGUUACACAGCGAAGUGUAAACAGAGAAGUGGCACAAACUGGGAGACAAUACAGGGUCAAGAGAAUGCUAAAUGGAGCAAAGUACAGCGAUAUCCUCCAUGAAAACCUGCUCUAGAGUGCUCUGGACAUGGGAUUUGGCCAAAGGUUCACGCUCCAACAGGAUGCUGAUCAUAAGCACAAAGCAAAGAUUGCAUAGGAGUGGUUAAGGAACAAUUCCGGGAAUGUCCUUGAGUGGCCCAACCAAAGCUCAGGCUUGAACCCAUCGAUGGCCUUCAUUAUAAAUGACAAGGCUUGAGAGGAUCUACAAAAAGUAUGGCAGAAAAUCCACAAAUCCAGUGUUAACAUAUAUAAAUAACAGGACACACCUAAGAUGGGUGAAAAGAAACCAGAGCCUUUGGAUUUUGUGAAGGACUUUCAAGAGUAUCUCACACAGCAAACACAGCACGUCAACAUGAUAUCUGGCUCUGUUGGAGGAGAAAAAGAGGCAGAAGCUCUUCAGGGAGCUGGGACAGACAAUGAUCAGAAUGGACUGGAUCAUCCUUCAGUAGAAGUAUCUCUAGAGGAUAGCUCUGGGAUGUUGGUAGAUGGAUUUGAGAGAACAUAUGAUGGGAAACUUAAAUGCCGUUACUGUAAUUAUGCCAGCAAAGGAACAGCACGCCUUAUUGAGCACAUCAGAAUUCAUACAGGUGAAAAGCCUCACCGUUGUCACUUGUGUCCAUUUGCCUCAGCCUAUGAGCGCCACCUAGAAGCACACAUGCGUUCACACACUGGAGAGAAACCAUACAAAUGUGAACUUUGCUCCUUCCGUUGCAGUGACCGUAGCAAUCUUUCCCAUCAUCGGAGACGUCGACACAAGAUGCUUCCCAUCAAGGGUACCCGAUCUGCUAUUGCUAAUAAGAAGAUGCUCAGUGUCCUUCAAAAAAAAUCUAGCAACCUUGCCUAUAGUCGUCGUCUCCUCAUCAAUUUUAGUCCACCAUCAAUGGUGGUUCAGAAACCAGACUACCUGAAUGAUUUUUCUCAUGAGCUGCCAAGUCUUCAGGCAGAAGCCUAUGAAAGCAUUGCAAAAACUCAAGUCAGUGGUGGUAGUGGUACUUCCAGCAUCUCCAGGGAUCCUCAGGAUUUAAUGGUAGAAAAUCCUUUAAAUCAGCUUUCCACUUUGGCAGGCCAGCUGUCCAGCCUGCCUCCAGAGAGUCACACCCCAGUUUCUCCAGAUGUUGUUGCCUGUCGUGAUGAGAAGCCAUUCCUAAUUCAGCAAUCAUCAGCUCCUCCAGUAACAUCUGGUGUGUCUACCAGUGCAGCUCAAAGUAGCUCUCCAACAAGCCCUGAUCCAAGGCCUCUUCCCCACAAUCAGAGGAACUAUAGUCCUGUUGCAGGGCCAAGCAGUGAGCACAGUGCUCAGACUAGCACUCCUAGUAUUAGUAACAGCCAACCAAGCACCCCGACACCAGCCUUACCAGUACAAGACCCACAGCUACUUCAUCACUGCCAGCACUGUGAUACCUAUUUUGCAGAUAACAUACUCUAUACUAUCCAUAUGGGCUGCCAUGGAUAUGAGAACCCAUUUCAGUGCAACAUAUGUGGAUGCAAAUGCAAAAACAAGUAUGAUUUUGCUUGUCAUUUUGCAAGGGGUCAGCAUAAACAACAGUGACUGCAAAUGAGAAUACAAUAACAGUAAACUUUGUUCAUUUAGAACUUAUUCAUCUUUUAUUUCCCUAUUGGGGAAUUUCACACAACUUUCCAGAUUUAAACCUGGAAAACGUUUCCUUCACUGUUUGGGAGAAGCAAUGUUUGUGAGUGCUAAAUGAUUUUUUUUUUAAUUGAUAUGAAUAGGGAAUAAUACUGAGAUCAUGAUUGUUUCUUGAUCAAUUCAGUUUCAGUAAAGAGAAGUGGUCACUUUACAAUUUCUGCAAAAAAUCAGCAGUUAAAAUUGCACUAUUUUAUGUCCAGUCAUUAGGAGAAUAGUUUCAUCUACAAUACAAAAAUGACACUAGAGUGAUGUUAUAUCAUUUUAGCAUACUCAAAAGGCAUGCAGAAUCAUAUCAAGCAGGGCAGAUGUCAGUAUACUAUAUUAGCUCUCAUUAUGUCAACUGUUCUUAAGUUGUGUGUCUAUGUCUGUAUAAGUUCACAUACCCUAGCAGAAUUUGUAAGAUACGUACCAUACUUUAAAGAAAAGAUGACUGAUUGGGCAAAACACAUUUCAUUUACUGUUAAUGCAAUCCAAAUUAAAUUAUAAGGCAUCACAGAAUAGUAAUAAGGAAAAUAAUGAGAUGGUCCCCAUUCAAAAGUUUACAUACCCUACGUUCUUAAUACUGUGUAUUGCCCCCUUUAGCAUCAGUGAUGGCAUGCAGUCUUUUGUGAUAGCUGUGAAUGAUGAUUUUCUCAGAUGAUAGAGCUGCUUUUUUUUUUUUUGCCGAAAAGCCACCAGGUCCCAAAAAUUCUUCUUCAGUUCUUUUGAAUGAACUGUAUAUUUGGGAUCUCCCCAAAGUGGCUCAGUGAUAUUGAGGUCAGGAGGUUGUGGUGGCCACUCCAGCACCUUCACUGUUUUCUGUUGUAAACACUGAAGGGUUGACUUGGCCAUGUGUUUUGUAUCAUUGUCUUGCUGGAAGAACCAAGUGCAUCCCAUGUGCAGAUUCCGGACUGAUGAAUGAAAGUUGUCCUCCAAUAUUUUCCAGUGCGAGAUUCAUCUUGCCAUCAAUUUUCACAAAGUUACCUGUGACGCUAUAGCUCACACACCACCAGGACACCGGAGAUCCACCUCCAUGCUUUACAGUUGGGAUGGUGUACUUUUUGUCAUGGGUUUUGAGCUUAUGGCUAAGGCCAUAAAGUUUGAUUUUUGGUGUCAUCACUCCAAAGGACUUUGUUCCAGACGUUUGGAGGCUUGUCUAGAUGCUGUUUGGCAUAUUGUAGUAGGCUGUUUUGUGGUGUUGGCACAGUAAAGACUUUUUUCUUGCAACUCAACUGUGUAGCCCAUUUUUGUUCAAGUACCGGAUUAUUAUGCAUCUUGAAACAGCAACAGCACUUGUUUACAGCUGAAGUGGCUUGUGGGUUUUUCUUAGCAUCUCGACGAAUGAUCCUGGCAGUUGUGGCUGAAAUCUUGGUUGGCCCACCUGACCAAGGCUUGAUAACAACAGAACUUUUUUUAUCAGAGUUUGAACACUACUGACAAGGCAUUUUCAGAUCUCUGGAUAUCUUUUUAUAUCCUUUUCCUGAUUUAUACAAUUCAAAAAUGUUUUCUCACAGGUCCUGUUAACAGUUCUUUUUGUUUCCCCAUGAAUCAAUAUCCAGCAAAGUCAGUGCAGCCGUUAAUUAAUUUAAAUUGACUAUUUAUAUACAGUGAUCCCUCGCUAUAUC